AUGUCUCAAGUCUACACAACAGACCAUUCAGUCUCGGUCCUCCGCACGCACAGCUGGCGCACAGUCUUCAACUCCGCGCCAUACCUCCUGCCACACCUAAAGCCAGACAUGAAAAUCCUGGAUGUAGGCUGUGGACCUGGCUCAAUCACAAUUUCCCUGGCAAAACAGGUCCCAUCCGGACAUGUCAUAGGUGUGGAGUACGUACCUGAUCCACUAGAAGGCGCUCGUGCCCUUGCGCAAGCCGAAGGCGUGUCCAACAUUACCUUCCAAGAGGGGAACAUCCACGACCUGCCAUUCGAGGAUAAUACAUUCGACGUGGUACAUGCCCAUCAGGUUCUGCAACAUAUCGCUGAUCCAGUUCAUGCGCUAAAGGAAAUGAGGCGGGUCGUUAAGGACGGCGGCAUUGUUGCAUGUCGUGAGUCGGCAGAGCUGAGCUGGUAUCCCGAGUCUGCGGGGAUCGCUAAGUGGCGCGAGAUUACCGAGCGCAUGCAAAUUUCUAAAGGUGGUCAUCCACAUCCCGGGAGGAUGAUUCAUGUUUGGGCACGGGAGGCUGGGUUUGACAAGGAAAGAGUGAAGAAGAGUGCGGGGGCUUGGUGUUUUGGGAGUGACGGGGAGAGGGUGUAUUGGGGUGGAUCUAUGGAGGAAAGGGCUAGAUCUUCUGGGUUUGCGAAGAAUGUUGUCGAGGAGGGCUUCGCAGAGUCAGAGGAUUUGGAAGUUAUUGCAAGGGGAUGGAGACAGUUUGUGGAAGAUGAAGAUGCCUGGUUUGGGUUGUUGCAUGGGGAGAUAUUGUGUUGGAAGUAA